UGUGGCAGAUGUAAGGGAGGAGGGGAAUUUAAAAGUGUCUCAGAUUUUUCAACAAGAAACACUUCUGCGCCUCGUUCCUAGCUCCUCUGAAAGCUUCCUCACGCCUCUUUCCUCAUGGUGCAAUUAGAGAAUUGAUAUGUCCUUCAAGAUGGUUGAUGUUGAUCGAUUUCCGGUUCACGGGCUGGAGGAGCGAGGAAACAAAGAAGCAUCAAUUUGAGUAUUGAGAAGCACCCCUGGAUUACCUCACUGCGCUUCAGGGAUCUGACGUUAUAUUGUUGGAGCUUGGUUAAUAACAACAUACUUUUUAAAGCAAAAUGCACUGAUAGUAUGUUGUCUGGGUUAUUCAACAAUGAAUUGAUGAACAAUACAUAAAUUAUCUCAUCUUGUGUGCAGCUUUGCACAUCCAAACAUGCAAGGAUCAAAUAAUUACAACACUCUUUGUAAGCAUAUUAUUUAAUUAUAUUUCACACAAAAUUCUGAGGACUUUUUUUGUUUGCGAUUGUGGCAGAUGUAAAGGAGGAAGGGAAUUUAUACAUGCGUCAGGGCUGCGUCCGAAAUCGCGUACUACCUUACUACACAGUAGGCGAAAAGCAGUACGCCAGAGGGGUAGUAUGUCCGAAUUCCCUUUUUUUCUUUUCUGUUUUUUUUUUUUUUUAAUUUUUGAGCAGGCGAGAAAUACACGGAUGGUGUACUGCUUCCUGCGAGAUUUUGCAGUAUGCAACCGAUACUGCACCUUUGCAUCGGCAACAAACUCAAACAAAAAGUCAUUUAAUGUUAUGGAAUUUUGUGUGAAAUAUAAUUAAAUAAUAUGCUUACAAUGAGUAUUGCAAUUAAUUGAUCUUUACAUGUUUGGAUAUGCAAAGCUGCACAAAAAAAUGCGUUAAUUUAUGUAUUGUUUUUGUUCAUUGUUGAAUAACCCAGACAUUUCACAUACUAUCGGUGCAUUUAGCUUUAUUAAGAAUGUUGUUAUUAACCAAGCUCCAACAACAUGCACCAAUUUGAGUAUUGAGAAGCAGCCUGUUAUCGCUGCACAUCGCGAGAAUGAAGUUUUUCCGCGAGCUUGUGCGAGAUUACGUGCAACACGCAAACUACCGCGCAUGCGAGUUUAAGCUUAAUGCGGCAACUUUUCACAGCGUCGACUAUUUACGUUACACGGGAGCAAAUUGGGAGAUGCCAUUAGCUUAGCAUUCAGUUCGAAAAGGAAGCCGAGUUUCCGCUUUACGUGUAGAGCUAAACGUCGAGGGCGAAAAGACUCCCGCUUUUUGGAAAAAGAAACGCCCGUUUAAUGUUUAAUUUCACUACCGAUAGGUCGUCUGCCGAAUUAAUUUAGCGCGGAUUCAUUUCAUGUGCCGGAACUGGAGGUGUAAAACGACGGCGCAGGCGCGGCGAGUUUAGCCGAGACUACCGGCAUGGCCAGGGACUACGAUUACCUCUUCAAACUGCUCAUUAUCGGCGACAGCGGUGUAGGGAAGAGCAGUCUUCUACUGCGCUUUGCAGACAACACAUUUUCAGGUAGUUAUAUUACCACUAUAGGAGUUGACUUCAAGAUCCGAACAGUAGAGAUCAAUGGUGAGAAGGUGAAGCUACAGAUCUGGGACACAGCGGGCCAGGAGCGCUUCCGAACCAUCACCUCCACGUAUUACAGAGGAACCCAUGGGGUCAUAGUGGUAUACGAUGUUACCAGUGCCGAAUCUUUUGUCAACGUUAAACGAUGGUUGCAUGAAAUUAAUCAGAAUUGUGAUGACGUAUGUCGAAUAUUAGUGGGUAAUAAGAAUGACGACCCAAACUCUAAAGUUGUGGAGACAAAUGAUGCACAAAAGUUUGCAGAGCAGAUGAGCAUCCGCCUGUUCGAAACAAGUGCAAAAGAGAACAUUAAUGUGGAGGAGAUGUUUAGCUGCAUCACGGAGCUGGUGUUACGGGCAAAGAAGGAAUCUGUGGCCAAGCAGCAACAGCUGCAACAAAAUGAUGUUAUUAAGCUCAGCAAGAACAGCAAACGAAAGAAAAAGUGUUGCUAGUUGAUCUCAAACCUGACCGCAGCACUCACUCCAGAAUCCCUAUAGAGAAAAGGACUAUGAUCACCUAAAUUAAGAGUGGAGAAAGCUUAAUAAAGAUAAUCGUGAAAUGCAAAAGAGAAAAACAUGUCCCUUUUGGACAUAUACAAAUCAUGAAGACUUUUUAAAGAAAAUGUACAGAUUUUAUUAGAAUUAAGGAAUUUUUAAGUGGGAAUUCAAUAGAUGUGGUAUUUAAUAAAAGAUCCUCCUUCUUUCUUGAAGGACCUGCAAGCUGACAUGUUCACUGUAAUGUGCAGAUUUUUAUAUGCACAGAGUUAUUCAGCCAUGUCUGUCUUUUUUCUGUUUCUCUUUGGGUCUCCAUCUCAGGAGUGUGUUUCUUUUUCUUUUUUGUUUAUGGAAUAGAUUUAUUUUCUAGAAAGAGUGAAGAGAAAAAGCAGUUUUUCUCCGAACAUGAAAUCUUAGAUGCCAACAACUCAUGAUUUUUCACCUUUAUGAAGUUGACAGAAACAAAGAAUUACUUUGAUUUGUAUAUCCAGUGACACUGGUGGUGCAAGUUUUUUGUUCUUGUGGAUUUUUUUUUUUGUGUGUGUGCUCCCCAAGGUUUUUUUUUUCCUGGUAUCUGCAGUAUAAGCACACAAAAUCAGUGCCAUAGUGGACUGGUGUCAUUCUUUAAUGUUGCCAUGCUAAUGCAUAUGGCACUGCCAAAUUGGAAGACUUGUUCUGGUGUGAAUCUUCAUCACAGAGGUCUGAACAUUCAUAUCAUCUGCCACUGUUUUCCAUGUUCAGUCUUCUAGCUCUCCUUUUCUCAAGAUGAACACUCUUUACCCGUGACUGAACAAGACUAAACAGUUUCCACCAGGUAAUCAGAAACAACUAUUUGAUAGUUGCAGGAAAUUCUGAGAAGGAGAAAUGAUGCUCAUUAAACAUCCUGCUUCAGAGUGACUCAUUUUCUGUUUGAGGAAGGAAUUGAACUAAAAGGUCAUGUAAAAAGUAAAAGUAUUGAGUCUUUAUAUCUAUAUAAUUGCAGUUGAACUUGUUCUCUUCACACAACCUCAUAACCUUAAUCCACUAUAAUUAGAGCUAAAUACCCAGAAUCAUUUCUGUAUUAAUGGCAGGUUGGUUUGAUGUUCUACAAGGGCCAUGUAGUGACCCAUUAAACCAAGUAAAGGAAUCAUGGCAACAUGUCUAUCUGACUUUUUAUCCAUUAUGCACGUGUGUGUGUGUGUGUGUGUGUAUGUAUGUGUAUAUAU